UUCUCCCGCCAGGAGCAGUUCGUUCUGGUAGAGUUGUCAGGAAUUAUUGACUCAGACUUCCUCUCCAAAUGUGAGAAUAAAUGCAAGAUUUUGGGAAUUGACACCGAGAAGCCCAUCCUGCAAGUAGACAGCUACGUGUUUGCUGGGGAAUAUGAAGACACUCUUGGGACCUGUGUUAUAUUUGAGGAAGCUGUUGAACGUGUGGAUCCGGAAGGCAGCGAUAAAGCAGUGUUGAAGUAUAAGUGCCACACGAUGAAGAGGCUCAGCAUGACGAGGACUCUCCUGACAGAAAAGAAGGAAGGCGAGGAGCACAUAGAUGGUGUAGAGUGGCUGCAGAUGAAGGAUAACGAUUUCUCCUAUAGACCCAACAUGAUUUGCAGCUUUCUGCAUGAAAAUGAGGAUGAAGCUGUAGCAUCAGCCCCCGAGAAACCCGUGGAGUUGGAAGACGGAGAGACACAAAUGAAAGGCAGCGCAGAGCAGACACACGAGCAGGAGGGAGCGGGGCCCCAGGAGGCAGGGGGACCCCGCCCUGGAGACAGCCCCGCAGAGAUGGGAAGUUCUGCUUUCAUGGGAAUUCAAGAUGGAGACGUUCCUCAAAACAGCCAGUCAUGAACUUAAAAAAGGGUCUUGUCUACAACUAGAGCUGUGCAGCUUACAGCUGGCUCACCAACAGUUGUUACUGUUGACAGUGUGGGUACUUUCAGUUACAAUACAAUUUAGUGGCUUCGUGGUGGUGGUGC